AUGUGUCUCCCGAAAUUACGGAAUCCGUGUGUCGGUGGCGACCCGCUAAUUGAUCCCGAUAACGGCCAAUUCGUCUCCUGUGGACCACUAGCUGGCCAGUGCCCGUCUUCGCAUAAAUGCCAUCUGAGUCCACUGGGCGAGUACGCUGUUUGCUGUCCCAAACCACGUGAGACUUGCUUCAUGGAUGUCGAAGCUGGCAAGGGAAAACAGCAAGAGGAGAAAUGGUUCUUCAACCCUGUGGCAAACAAGUCGCUAUUCAAAUGCAUGUGUCCUGAGCCACCUUUGGACUUAGUCAAACUCUCGCUCCUGCUGACAAAAUGCGAAAAAAUGAAAGAAGCGAACAAGGACGCAUCCAUAAAGUACAAAAAAUCCAUGUUUAUUCCGAAUUGUGAUGAAAAAACCGGUGACUGGAAUCAAGUGCAGUGUAUGGACGAACUGGGUUUGUGCUGGUGUGUCGACACGGAAGGGAAACCCGUCAAGGGCACGAUGACGAGAGGAAUACCUCAAUGUUCCGCUCGUCGAUCUCGGAUGAUGCUGUUGACAAACAUCGUCGAAGACGGAAAGGACCUCGAGGCAGUGGAAAGUCAGAUGUCGGUAUCUGUUGUGCGCCCGGCUGCGAAACCUGGAGCGUGUCCCAACGUGGCAUCAGAUUCACUAGCCAACAAUUCCGCUGAUCAAUGUCCCGAUCGAUGUGCCUCCGACGCCGACUGUCCUUACAUACAAAAAUGCUGCGCGAGCAACUGUGGACUUCAGUGCCAGCCACCGGAUUUGGACGCUACAACCGAAGUGAACGUCACGAUCAAGCCAGGAUCCUGCCCAAGAGUGACAUCUGAUUCAAAUUUUCUGAAAUGCAUUCCGUCGCAGGAUUGCGAGUUCGACCCGGAUUGCCCGGGACAUUCAAAAUGCUGCUUCACUGGCUGUGGCAUGAAGUGCAUGAAUCCUAAAGUUUCGGUGAAAGUGAGUCCGAUCAUGCUCGUCACGCCACCACAAUGCGACAGAGACGGAUAUUACAUACCAACACAACGGCAAGGAGAACUGAGUUGGUGCGUCGAUUCGGAAGGUUAUCCAUUGCAUAGGACGAUGACUCGUGGUUAUGUCCAGUGUGAUAGACAAGGACGCAUAAUCAAGCGAGAGUCACUUGGCCCAGUUUGCCCGAAUGGAGGCAGCGAGCCGAAGGUGUGCCAUCAGGAAUGCCUCAGGGUGCGAUGCCCUGCUCACCCAGACGCCAUUUGUGUUGCUGACCCUUGCAACGAAUGCCGCAUCCGCUUCGUUUUACAAAAAUGCUGCGCGAGCAACUGUGGACUUCAGUGCCAGCCACCGGAUUUGGACGCUACAACCGAAGUGAACGUCACGAUCAAGCCAGGAUCCUGCCCAAGAGUGACAUCUGAUUCAAAUUUUCUGAAAUGCAUUCCGUCGCAGGAAUGUGAGUUCGACCCGGAUUGCCCGGGACAUUCAAAAUGCUGCUUCACUGGCUGUGGCAUGAAGUGCAUGAAUCCUAAAGUUUCGGUGAAAGUGAGUCCGAUCAUGCUCGUCACGCCACCACAAUGCGACAGAGACGGAUAUUACAUACCAACACAACGGCAAGGAGAACUGAGUUGGUGCGUCGAUUCGGAAGGUUAUCCAUUGCAUAGGACGAUGACUCGUGGUUAUGUCCAGUGUGAUAGACAAGGACGCAUAAUCAAGCGAGAGUCACUUGGCCCAGUUUGUCCGAAUGGAGGCAGCGAGCCGAAGGUGUGCCAUCAGGAAUGCCUCAGGGUGCGAUGCCCUGCUCACCCAGACGCCAUUUGUGUUGCUGACCCUUGCAACGAAUGCCGCAUCCGCUUCGUUUUACAAUCUGGAGAGGAAGUUCGUUGCGAAGAGAAGUGCAGCCAACCACGAUCCGUCGGAAACUGCAGAGCAGCCAUCGGCAGGUUUUACUUCAACCAAGAAGCGCAAGAAUGCCAACCUUUCUUGUACAGUGGAUGUGGUGCCAAUGACAACAAUUUCGGCACGAAAUCGGAAUGCGAAGAAGAAUGCAUUGAGAAUGUCGAAAUUUGUUUGCAACCGCGAAGAACCGGGAUUUGCAGAGCACACAUGACCAGGUGGUGGUACAACCCUGCAGCUCAACGUUGUCAAAUUUUCCAUUACGGAGGUUGCGACGGAAACAGGAACAACUUUGAAACGAAAGAAGCCUGUGAAAGCACAUGUCCUGACGUCGUCAUGUGCCCGAAGUGGUCAGCGGAAAACGUGAACGAACCCUGCAGCAGGCGGCAAGCUUGCGCCAACAUUUCCUGCACCCAGUUGCCAGAUUCUUACUGCAAAGUUGACCCUUGCACUUGCUCUGGAAUGCUGGUUGAUUACGCCGGAAACCCAGCAACGUGUCCCGAGACAACAGCUGACGCAUCGGAGACGUCCACGACGGAAACUGUUCGCGAGGAACCCGGCGAUUUUAUCGAUGACGCUGAGGAGUUCGACUCUGAAUUGUCUGUCAUGAAGGCAAACAUUAUCCCCAUGUGCGAAAAUGUUCGCAAGGAACGGGUAGACCUUAAAGCUGAGGAAAUCCCGGAAUGUGACGAGGAAGGGCACUUCAAGCCUACUCAGUGCUACAGGCGACCAGAAGGGGAAACCCCGAUUUGUUGGUGCGUGGACGACGCUGGGAAUCGGGUCACCAACGUUGUUGAGUUCCCUCGAGGCAAAUUUGAAUGCCAGCGAGUUCCGAUCGAGUCGGUGCUUGUGAAACUAGCUUUCGCCAAGGAAGAGGACGUUCCUGUCGAGUCUCACUCAAGCUUGAUCUCCGAAAUCGCUGAUAUUUUGAAAGACGUCCCUGAAAACGUUCCGAAAAAUGCGAUCAAUUUUAAGCAACAUCCUGGCGUGUUCAAUCUGGAAUUCGUCCUGGAAGGACCCAGAAAGCUCGACAUUGCUUACCAUCUUCAGCAGCUGGUAAAGAAUGGCGAAAUGUCGUUGCACUUGGGAGAAACCCCGAUGUUGGCGAACUCGAACCUGUCUGACUUCGUGCACAACGUAGAAGCGACACCUUUCGUGAACGAGAUCCCUCAGUUUUUCUCCACUGAGAACCAGCGCGAGGCAUUGUACGCCCCCGGGGCAAUCGAAGCACCGUACAUAAUCGUCAUAAUUGUGGCCUCAGCCCUCAUGCUGAUCGUUCUCGGAGCCCUGGGCAUCGCCAUGGUGGUGUAUCGUCGCAAAAUCACGGGAUCGUAUCCGAAAUCCGGGAAAACCUCGCCUUCGACGGCGAGCACCACGAGUACCAUCUCAAGCGUGUCCAGUGGUCUCACUGUCAACUCUCCGUUGUACGCGUAUGAGACCAAGAACCAGCUAGCCAGAAGAUUCGACGAUGAUUACAGCUAUGAACACGGGCGGAAAUUCUCCAUCACGUCCACUGAUGGUGGACCAUCAUUCACGCAUGAUUAUGAGAUCGUGACGGAUGCUGAUGGAAAAACAAACUCCGGCGGCUUACAUUGAUUUCAAUUCAGCGUCGUUCAAAUUAAUUCACCGAACGGUGACCCGAAACUGAAGGGACCAAUUCUGAAAUAGGAAUUUCACACCGUCCGUCAAUAUUAUAUCUCGUAGAAAAUGCCCAAUCUCUUUUUGAACAACUGUAGAAAAUUCGUAUCUUGCAGAUUCCAAGAGAAACGCUAACUACAGUCGAGUUAUUUUUUGUUGUCAUUCAUUUUUGAGUUACUCGUAACAUUCAUAAUUGCAUCCAGAGUUUUUUAUGACGUAUGAUGUGCUCUCGCAUUCAAUAUUCACAAAACCACGGAAAUAGGUUCCGAAUUUUGAUAAAAAAAAUUGCGGAUUGUGAAUGAACGAAGUUCGGGAUUUUAUUGUCUGUAAACAAAUCAGCAGCAGGUUUUCUAACUUGAAUAUAGGUUAUCUUGAGCUGGAUUAAGAGUUCGAAGAUUGGAAAAUUUUGAAUUUGCUUUGUAAUUCCUAAAUUUCAAGUUUUAUUUUGUUUCCGAAAAAUCUCCGAAAUUAUCUGGAGCAUUUCAGCAGCACCGUUUUUGAACACAGAAACGGAGGACGAGUCCUUACUAAUUGUCGAAUACAGAAUACUGUGAUGAGUUCUCCAGCAUUUUGACAUUGAAUAAUUCAAUGUACAAAACAUAAUCAGGAAAUUAGUCUGAUUUCAUUGAUGAAUUUCGUUGGAGGCAAAAAUGUACCAUAGCUUUCAAGGUCUUGGAAUUUCUGAAGGUUACUGUGUCAGGAUAAAUUCUUGGGAAAUGGUGCACGUCAGAUUUUGAAAACAAAUUCUUUUGAAGCAAUCCCGAUUCAGCGAUUUUGAAUCUCGUCAUUCACAGAAAUUGCUCUUCUUCGUUAUUAUCUUGGCAUGCGGUGUGAAAUUACUAUGCAAGAUGCGUUCAUUUUGGUUUUCCUUGCAAGCUUAUCAAGCGGUUUUCCGGGUCUGAUCCCAGUGAAAGCACCGCAAUGAAGCGCAACUUCGCGGUAAAGUCGCCUUUGAAAAAGACAAUUCCUUUGAAACCCGACGAAAAAUGUUCCUUGUGAUUUUGGGAGUAGCAGAAAGAAAUUUCGGGGACAAAAGAACUCCUGGCGUCGGAGUUUUACACAUUUAAAGUGCCUUGUUGAUCGCAAGAAAACGAGAGAUGGUCCAUAAGUUGUCAGACUCGUACAUUAACUGUCCUUUCAGAUAUUCGCAAUCUUUGUCUAGCAGCAGUCAAGCGUAUUUGCGAAAAUAUUUUUGCCGAGAGAUCAGAAAUGAAGCUUGAAAUAUGUCCAUCGCGCGUGUCCAUAAUGGCUGACAUGCGUUAGAUUUAUCCCUUGAAAAUUACUUCAAUUAAAUCGACAGAACUGUUGAGGUUAUUAGAGUGAAAUAACGUUUUAAUUGAAUCAUGAUAAGUGUAGAAAGUUAUGGAUCAUCCCUCGUGAAUUCAGAAGCGACUCACGCUAUAUGUAAACCGGUCAAGUGCGCCCGAGUUGAACCUCGUUUUCCGGACAAACAAACAACAAGAAAAAAAAGAGAGAAAAACGGCCUUUCUCGGUAUUAAGUUGUGAUAGCCCUCAUUGAUUUUGCUUUUCUGGAGCGAAUAUUUUAUUUUAUUUUUCAGGGGUAAGUGUGUCGAGCGAGUCUUCGUCGGCCGCCCUUCGGUUUCCUAUCGUGAAAUCUCACCUCUUUUUCCUGGCCGCGAGAUUGAACUCACAUUUGUGUUCCUGAGCCACCGCCUCGGAAUCCGCGAUGUUGAUCGCUCGCGACAGUAAUUGAUCGCUUGUCGUAAUGCAUUCGAAACUCUUGUACCCACAGGGUUUAUUUAUGACGGGCUCACGCGGAACCCCGACCGACUCUCGCUCACCCACUGUCCCCACUGUUACCAAAAUUUUUUUUAUGCUUCCUUAAAACGCGGUGGUCGCUGAUGUCGCAUGAUUUCUCCUGCUCGUCUUCGCAUGCAGUCGGGCUUCGAAAUCUCGUUUUUUGUUUUAGCGUAGUGAUUUCAUGUUUUGUGUUGCUCGCAGGCAGCAGUGGCCAUUUCAAGUGAAGGUUCAUCUAUAUACAGGCUCCUUGGUAUUUUUUUUUGUUUUGCUCCCUUGCGCGAAGUGUAGAUAAGUCGUAGCAUCGGUGACUGAACGCGCAAACGUCACCAAUUUUCCCAGCAAUCUAGUGACGCUACAGUUGACGUACGAUGCUUCGGAAAUGAAACUGUCGGCGAACAGCCGCAUGAGUUUCUCCUCGCUUUUGUUGUUUUUUUUUUCUUUCGGCGACGCUUCUUUUUGCAAAUACAAAUGCUUGAGUAAAACGUGCAGUGAAAUUGUGGAAGAACGCGAUACCAUUUUGUAAAAACAA